UAAUUUUGUACCCUCUUGAUGUAGUCAAAGUCGUCGCCUUGAUCUAUCUUCUUACAAAGUCUCUCCCUCUCUCUCCUCUUCACUUCUGAACCGCAACAAUGGAGUCUCUCUUCUCAGCUAUGAUUGUCCUGCUAUUGGUUUCCCUUUCUUGUUUCACUUCUUCAGAAGCUCGCUACAGCAACAACGGAAACAUCACAGUCAAAUGGGAUCUCAUGAACUGGACGCCUGACGGCUACGUAGCAGUGGUUACAGCCUACAAUUACCAGAAACAACGUUCGGUUCCAGGAUGGACAAUGAGCUGGAGAUGGACCAAGAAAGAAGUGAUCUGGAGCACGGUUGGUGCACAAACCACAGAGCAAGGAGACUGUUCCAAGUUCAAAUUCAACAUCCCGCAUUCCUGCAUUCGUAAGCCAAUUGUCGUCGAUUUGCUUCCCGGAACUCCUUACAAUCAGCAGAUCGCUAAUUGCUGCAAAAACGGUAUCUUGAAACCCGGUUUAGAAAGUUCAUUCCAGCUAGCCGUUGGCAAUGCUGGUACCUCGAGUAAGACUGCUCGGAUGCCUGUAAACUUCACGUUCACGGCACCUAAACAACAGUACAUCUGUGGACCGACUAAGAACGUUAGACCAACCAGGUUUAUAACUGCAGACAAAAGGAGAAUCACUAGAGCCCUGAUGACCUGGAACAUUACUUGCGUUUUUCACAAGGCAACAUGAAACAACAGAACUCUCCAAAUUAAAUAUCUUAUAUAAGCAAAUCUAUCUCCAGAGUUUCUAAAGUUUUGUAAUAUCAUGUAUGAUUCAUGUUUAUGAAAAUAAAAACACUACUUUGAUUCA